AUGGGAAAGUCUUCGAUAACAAAGUUUGAGAUCCGGCUUCACAACCCUCUGGCAGUAUACUAUGCCGGACAGACCAUAGCAGGACAGGUGUUUCUCGAAUUAGCAGCUGAUCUUUACUUCCCUGACAUUACCUUGGAAAUGCAUGGUGACGCCAAUGUUGCUUGGACGGAGGAAGAGGGGAGUAGAGACAAUUUGCGCACAGUUCGCUAUAAAAACUCUGAGACCUACCUUAACAUAGAACUGUAUCUUAUCGGGGUCGGUAAAAAAGAAAGAAAGCUUCAGGCUGGACGUCACAACUUGCCCUUCUCUAUAGCUCUUCCCAUAAACCUACCCUCCACUUUCAUUGGAGAUCAUGGGAGGGUCCAGUAUAACUUGACUGUUAAAAUUGACGAUUUUUUAAUGACAAUAGCCAAUAUCGACAUUGAUGUCACAGUUGUGUCAUUGCUCGACCUCAACCAGGAUCCCAACUGUGCAGCAUCGCCGCGUACCAUCAGUGGGAGUAAGAAGUUUGGAUUUCUCUGCUGUACUUCUGGUCCACUCAGAGCUACACUCUCCUUCCCCAAGCUGGGGUGGGUGGGUGGUGAGACCCUCUCCUUUUCCGUUAGUAUAGAGAAUCUUAGCAACAAGGUCAUGACCAAAUCAACGAUACAGCUGAUUGAGCGCGAUAUUUUCACAUCAUCGUGUGGUCGUCAGCGGACCGUAAACAAGACAAUAUUGACCCGCAAGAGGGGAAGGAUUGCACCGGGUGCCAGUUUCACGUGGAGUAAUGUCGAGCUCCUCCUACCACCCCUCCCGCCCUCCCACCUCAUCCACUGUAACAUCAUAGAUAUAAUGUACACUGUGGUGCUCAGUGUGCAUCCCUCAUGGUUAGGGUCAGAUCUGAACGUUCCGGUGAACAUCACCAUCGGUACAAUCCCACUUCGUCAACAGGUGCAACACAUCAAUUACCAAUACCAGCCAGACAGGAAAGCACCGCCUCCAGCCAUAAGUGCACCACCACCAGACAUUAGUGCACCAACACCAGACAUUAAUGCACCACCACUACCCAGCUAUGAAGAAAUGGUGCACGGUGGGGCGGCGAUGUAGGGGACUGAGGGAGAAGGGGAAUGAGGUCCAGGGAGGUGGGACUUAUGCUCCUAGUUAUCCGACUUAUGCAUUUAAUAAUAGCUAAUUAC